AUGAUUCAACAACAAGUAGUGCAACGUGUAUCAGGCCCUGCUCCACCUAAAAGUUGGCAAAGUGCUUGGUACUUUAAUAAUAAUUAUGACGGUAAGAUUCCUGACAAGACGAAAAUCAAUUCAUCAUCGUCAUCAUUCUAUUCAAAACUUCUACAAAAACGUGUCAUUAAGGAACGUUUGAAAAAAAAAAGAAUUUGGGAUGGAAUCUCAAAUUCUAACCCUUUCGAGAGCAACAACAAUAGUGAUAUAGAAUCAUUAUUAAAUAUUUGCGUUAAAAGAAAUUUUUGGAAAGAAUUUAACAAUAAAAAUAUCAAUAAAUCAUUAAAUAUUGUUGAAAAUUGGGAGGAUCUAUUAUCAAAAGAUGACGGAGAUGGAAAUGGAAAUGGAAAUGACGGAGGCGAUGAUCAAGAUAUUGAAUUAAUAUCAAAACAAUAUUUAUGUCACAACAGUAUCAAUAGUAAUAGUAAUAGCAGCAAUGAUAAUGAAUCAUUAUUAACCAAAAAAUAUUUAACGAAAUUUAGAAAGCUUAAAUAUAUUAAUUUAGGAUUUUCAAAUAAUCUAGCAACUAUUCCUAUGGCAUCUUUGUUGGUUAGCACUUUGCCUCUAUUAACUCAUUUAUCAAUAGCGGGAUGUUUUGAUGCUAAUAGUGGACCAAUAGCUCUAAAUAUAUUUUCAAAUUUGAUUAAUUUAUUAUUUUGGGAUUUAUCUUAUUGUGGAUGGAUUAAUGAUAAAAUAUUGGCAAAAGCUAUUAAUUGGGAAAUCAAUUUAAAGUCUUUAAAAGUUUUGGUUUUGAUAGAAUGUGGAAAAUUUAAAGAUUUAGAAGGAUUGAAGCAUAAAUUGAUUAAUACAAGAAGACUACUUGAAAUUUGGACUGAUAAUGCAAAUUUGUAA